AUGGCGAAGCUGCUGGCUUUGCUGCUGGUGAUCACGCCGAUCCUCUUGGCUCUCGAGGCGAAUGCCACUCAGGCUGGAUUGCCUCACCUGCAUCCACGAAUGGUCAAACACCGCAAGUUGGAGGCGAGGAACCUCAUGUCGUGGCUGACCAAGAUCUCGAGCAAGGCUUCCGACUGGAUGUGGGGAAGCGUGCCGAACCCUGUCAAAGACAGCAGCCGUAUCCCCAAGCCGGUGGUCGGAGGACCGGACGUCAUGCCAAAGAUGCCCUAUCCCUAUGCCACGGGCAUGAUUCCUCGUCUGGCGAGUGAGACCAUGGCUGGCAAUGCAUGCUAA